CACAACAGGACUCCGCCAUGAGUCUCCUCCGGUCCUCGUUGCGGAGGAUAGGCUCCCCCGGCGAUCCCAGCCGGAUAUGCUCCCAAUGUCUCCUGCACCGAAGCCGUCCCCCUCGAUCCUCCCCCGCCGCUCUCCGCACCUUCAUCUCAUCCUCCCGGUCUCGCUCGAGCAUUGCAGACGGCCCCUCCGCCCAGUCGGCCCUGAACAAGACUUACUUCUCGGCCAAUCGCGCAGAUGAUGGCUCGACCAGCAAGAGCGGCUUGAUUUCCUCACUAUCAGGCGGCAAUGCCUCUUCCGGCACGAACUCCUCCGCUGUGCCAUCAUCAGACCACCAGGUCCACACCUCUGCGACGGUCUCCGAAUCCACACAACCAGAGCUCCCUCAUCGCCGGAGGAAGCGCCUAAAGGAAGAAGCAAACGCCCAAACGACCAAUCCAGACCAUGUCAUCCCCCCCGACGCCUCCGCACAGCUGUCGAACUUCUCGUCCACCCUGCCCACCUCCUCCCUCCGUCGCAAAAUGGCGGCCUUCCUCGCCCUCUGCAAGCCCCGUCUCUCCGCCCUCAUUGUGCUGAGCACGACCUCCGCCUAUGGCAUGUACCCGAUCUCGUCCCUCCUCGCGCUCGACCCGUCCAUGACCCCGCUACCGACCCUCUCCACCUCAACCCUAACCUUCCUUUACCUGACGGCCGGCACCUUCAUCUCCUGCUGCAGUGCCAACUCAAUCAACAUGUUCCUGGAGCCGAAAUACGAUGCCCUCAUGUCCCGCACGCGCAAUCGCCCCCUCGUUCGCGGUCUCAUCUCCCGCCGCGCAGCCGUCCUCUUCGCUAUCGCAACCGCCAUCACCGGUGUGGGUAUGCUCUACUUCGGCACCAACCCCACCGUCGCGGCCCUUUCCGCUAGCAACAUCGUUCUGUACGGCUUUAUCUACACACCACUGAAGCGUUUGCACGUCAUCAACACUUGGGUCGGCGCCAUCGUGGGCGGCAUCCCGCCAUUGAUGGGCUGGGUGGCCGCCGCAGGCCAAACCGCCACCACCGGCCACGACACCUGGCGCGAUAUGCUCUUCAGCAAGGACAGCAUCGGUGGAUGGCUAGUAGCCGGCAUCCUCUUUGCCUGGCAGUUUCCCCACUUCAACGCCCUGUCCCAUACCAUCCGCGAAGAGUACAAGCGCGCCGGCUACAAAAUGCUGUGCUGGAAGAACCCCGCCAUGAACGCCCGUGUCGCCCUGCGCUACUCGGUGCUGAUGUUCCCCAUCUCCAUCGGCCUCUGGUGGGUCGGUGUCGUCGGCCACGGCUUCCUGGUGAGCAGCUCCGUCGCCAACGCCUGGUUAGUCAAGGAAGCGUACCACUUCUGGCAACACCAGGGCGCCAACGGUACCGCCCGCGGUCUCUUCUGGGCGAGUAUCUGGCAGCUCCCUGUCCUCCUCAUCGGCGGUCUCGUCACCAAGAAGGGCCUUUGGGAUGGUGUCUGGCGGAAGGUCCUCGGUCAGCCCGACCCAGAGGACGAGUACGUGUAUAUUGACGAGGACGAGGAACCGGUGUCGUCACCAUCAACCACAGCGGUGACUCGUGCAGCAUGAUUACACCCUAUAAACAGAACAAAAACCAGAAAGAGAGGAAAAUGUAUCCUCCCAUAUCAUUGAUACUUGUAUGGAUGUAUUAGAUUCCCGUUUGGUCGGCGUUUGUAUAACAGCAGCUAUGAUUCAUCCUUUAUUCUCUUUCUUUUACUUUGUAACAUUGUGAUGUAGAUAUGUGUUAAUCUUGAACGAUCGCCUUUCUC